CUAAAGUAGAAGGAGGAGCGGCAGCCUCAUCUGUGGAAGUUACCGUCUCGUUUUCAGUAAAAUAUGGGAACGCGGCCCGAUUUAAACAGGUACCUUAAUCAUCCGGGAUGGCAUCUGUAGAGCUAGAGCCCACCACAGCAGAGUUGUAUAGAGACAGAUCUUUAGAAUUGGUGAAACAUUCACUUCUGAAUUCAACAAUAGCUGCUCCUCUGACUUCCACAAUGAAUGCUUCAAAUCCCCUUCCUCAGUUCAAUUUAGAUGUGGGACUUACAUCCUCAAACAAUGAGCUGCAGAAAAUGUUAAUUGAUGAACGAAUGAGAUGCGAACACCACAAGACAAACUAUCAAACUCUUAAAGCUGAACAUACAAGGUUGCAGGAUGAAUAUACAAAGUCACAAAAUGAAUUGAAACGUCAGCUUAUAGAGAAACAAACUGUGCAAGAUAAGUUCCAGCUGAUGCUUGCUGAAUUACGUGGUGAACUUUUAGAUAAAACACGAGAAAUGGAGGAGCUGAAGGCUCAGAAGCUGUUUGAAAUCAUUAACUUUGAUAGUUAG